AUGGCUUCCAAGAAGGUCUUCAAAUCUCAGGCCAACAGCGGACGAGCCAGUGGUGGUCUCGGUGCUUUUGGCAACUCUGCUUUUGGCUCUUCUCACUCCUCGGCCUUGUCAUAUAUUCAAGAGCCACUGGACUUCUCUACGAUUAGCGACGUAAAUGUCGUUGUAUCGCUGAAGAACCUGUCCAAGAAGGACAGUGUGACGAAAGCAAGAGCCUUGGAAGAGAUUCAGACGUAUGUCGCGAAGCCAGAUACCGAUGUCGAGGAAGGACUAGUUGAAGCAUGGGUCAGGUUAUAUCCUCGCUUGUCAAUCGAUAAUGCUCGGCGAGUUCGUCACCUCGCUCAUACUGUCAGUGGCAACAUCUUCGCCAAAUGUGGCAAGAGAGCUGCCAGGCACCUACCGAAAGUCGCUGGACCAUGGUUAGCAGGACGUCACGAUAAUGAUCGUGCCGCUGGGAAGGCUGCACAGGACGCUUUGAGCCUUGUGUUCGCCAACCCGGAAAAGAUCAUGGGACUGAAGAAGACGUUCCAAGGUCCUAUUCUGGAGUACUGUCGGGAUGCUGCUCUUCACGAGACGGCACAAACGCUCAGCGACGAACGGGCCGUCAGUGUAGACGAUGCAGCAGCUACUUACGCUCGCGUUCUUGCUGCCAGUCUUGCCGUGGUCACGGAGAUGCUCAACGAUCUCCCGCGGGAGGAGGGUUCCAAGCAGGAAUCUGUCUAUGAAGAGCUGCUUGGCGAGACGAAGCUAUGGGAGCUCGCCUGCUAUACAGAGACCGGCGUCCGAAGAUCUACUCAUCGGCUGGUCCAGGCUGCACUACAGAAGCAGCCAAUACUCGUUGAGACGAAUCGGAAGGUUAUCAGCACGAUAUACAUCUACAAAGGCCUCCCAUCAGAUCAGACAGGAUCCUCCAUCGACUAUCUUGCAGCUCUUGAUGCUCUGACGGUCCAAAUGCCAGCGAUUUGGACAGACGACUACAGUGGCAAGAAGUCGGCUGCAUCACGAUUCAAGCAAUUUUGGAAACAUGGCUCUCGCUCAGGAUCUGGCGAGUUCUGGGCGGUUACCUCAAACCUGCUAGCCAAGGUUCCAGCUGAGGUGUGGCCUGCUGAGUACAAAGAGGCACAAGACCUGCUCUUGGCGGCGCGAGAUGGCGUGACGAGGAAAGAAGAGCGCUUCAAUGCUUCGACGGCAUGGGGUGCGUACUUCUCUCUCCUGACCGUUCUGUCAAGACGACUAUCGCACGAGGAUCAGGCCAAGGUAGCCGCGGAAUGCGCCAUGCCUAUCAUCCAAGAGUACCUCAAGCCUUCACAGGACACUGCAGACUGGGCGAUCCAUGGAGCCAAGACAGCACACAUGGUUGCAGGGGUGACUAAAGUACCGUCAAUCCUUCCAUUGCUAGAGCAAGCGCUGCCAGAGCUUGCAGAGCACAUUACAGAGACCGCGAGACUCUCACAACCACAACAGUCCAAGGACUUUGACAAAUCGCAGCUACAUGUUGCUUCGACUGGCGAGCGCUGGGCCACCAUGCAAAGAGAGCUAUUCACCAAAGACUUGCCGGAAACACUACUAGCUACGCUCGUUGCUUCGAACAUUAAGCUCGUGCAGGACUGCCAUCAAAUCCUCGUCAAUCGGGAUGGCAAGCCGUUUGGUGCCGCUGCAGUCAUCGAGGAGCUCGUACGUACCUGCGGCCAACGAUUGCUGAAGGACCUCGACUUUAGGAAUGCGAUAAAAGAUAUACUAGAAGCCGACGACUGCAAGUGGGUGCUUUGGCCUUCGAGCCGUCAACUCAUACGAUGUCUGCACGGCCUCGCGCAAGACAGCAUCUUCGUCGAACCUUUUGAGACGGCACUACAGGUCGCAUUGACCAAAGCUGAGUCGCUAGAAGACUCAAGUCGGCUGGUUCGUGAGCUUCUACCGCGUAACGCACCCGACGAGGCCGUUGAGCUUGCUCGGAACAAUGAGGCGCUCCAGGCCUUUAUACUGCAGAAUGUGAAGCCAGGCUUGAGCGCUACCUCCGGCACAAUGCUGCUUGAGCUAUACAGUAUUAAAGCGCUAUCAACGCAGACGAUACAGCAGGCAUUCUCAAGUCUUGUCGCUGGCCUUGCGGACACGUAUGAUGAGACAGAGCUGACUUCCACUCUAGACUUUCUAGCAAGCUCGAACAAUUCCAUCCUGAAGGACGUCUCAGCAUUGCCUGGUUGUGAGCAGCUCGUUUCACACCUGCUUCGGCUAGAACAUCACCGCAAUGACGAGAUCGCUCAAAAGGCAGCAAGCUUGUCAUCACGGCUGUCGUCUUCGGGCACAAAGAUACAGGGGGGUGCCAAGUUCAGCGUAGUUCUGCAGAACCUGGACCACGUGUCCGAGCAGUCGCUUCCCAUGGACUCCUUAUCAGAGCUUCUGGAUCGGGUACUGGGCGAGGACAAGCAUGUGCAGGAUCUCAAAACUGCUAUGCCAGAUCUGACGGCGUGGCGAACCUCUUUGUUGGCUGCGGUACGGCCGCCUAAGCUCUCGCUUUCUAUCCUGAGUCCGCUGGGUGCUGCUGUGAACUUUGCUCAAGAUGUGAUGUCGCAGACUACAGCACCAGUCAACGUGGACUCUGAAGGACUAUGUCAGGCUUUACGGACUGCCAUAUACAUCACACGGCUACUGUCAAUCACGGACGCUAGGACUGGGCUCGUCGAGCUAGAAGAGCAGUGGCACGUACUCGCCAUGCUAUACCUAGUCGUGCAACUUGCCGAGGACAACCUGAGUGUGGUGGGCACAAAUGCUCUGUGGCAUCCUAAUGCCGGAGCAGUCGCUGAGGCCAUCGUACUUGACUUCGUCAGUGAUGCUCAUCGCUUACUUGGCAGCUAUUGGGAGUCUAUGCAGCCUACAGAUGUGUCAGAGGAGAGUGUCAAGACAGGGUGCGCUGCUAUGGUUGCUGCCAUGGAGCAGCUCGGACACGACGAGUCACAUCAGUCGCCCCUGGCAUACUACGUUGCGCUUUCCUACUCCAAGAUUACUUCGAACCUGUAUGAGCUACAUGGCCAUAAUGCUGACAACACGGCAUCAAGCGAAGCUGGUCUGAGGGCGGCAAAGGCGAAGAAAGACUCGCUCCGAACCGUGGCAUACUUGGUGGCAAACCAAUUACCGCUUGCGAGCUCUCCAAGCCUGACGCGGUUCUGCAACGAAUUAGUGGCAGACCUCACUACCCUGGACGUGACGAUGCCGGAAAAGGGGCUCAAAGCACAGGAGCAACUUAUCAUGCUCAACACCAUACUGCAGACCCAAGAAGACGCUGUCGACACCAUUGCGAAACAGCGUCUGAUUUUCCUAGUCAAGGGGCUCAUCGAUAAGCUAUCUCACAUCGAAAGCUCCACGAUCAAAAGCGAAGGCUACAAAGCUUUGGGCUAUCUCCUGCCGGCGAUGUCGGACAUGUACGGCGAGCAUUGGUCUCAGGUUCUGGAGCGUCUUGAGGGCACGUGGGAUUGGCUAGCUAACGAGAAGAUCGACGAUGUCUUGAAGGAAGAACACAUUGUUCUUGAACACACUAGCUUGAAACUUUUGGGCAUUCUCCGACGGCUGGCGAAUUCGGACGAUCCAAAUGACGAUCUUGUUGAUGCGUUGAAAAACAAGGAGUCGUCCGUACACAGCCACCUGAUGUCGCUAUUGGAGCAUGCCAAUGGUGACUCGGAUGAGCAGCAUCAAGCCCUGCUGGUCACCCACGAACAGCUAGCUCGACAGCUAGCACAGGCCCCAUACAAGCAGCUGCCAGAGGCCAACGAGUUAUUUCCUCUACUGUAUACGCCCUCUCGUGCGAUACAACAAGGUGCUUUUGAUCUCCUACACAAGCAGAUCCCGGCUGUGCAAGAGCAGAUCUCGUUCGAUGCAGCUCUCGACAAUAAGUCGGUGCACCUGCCUGACGAGCUCUUAUCGCUUAUCCUCGAAGCACCGACUCUGGAUUCUUUAGUAGACGCCUCGUUCGAUCGGACGAUGCCAUUGUCUCUGCAAGGAUACCUGUAUAGCUGGCGACUGCUUUUCGACCACUUCAGUGGCUCCAGCUAUCGAGUGAAGACCGACUACAUUGAGCAACUGAAGGAUGGAGCAUACCUUUCUGGAUUACUCAGCUUCACGUUCGACUUCCUAGGCCAUUCUCGUGGCAAGCCGAUAGAUGCAUCAAGAUUCGACAUUGAGACAUACACCGCCGAUAGCGAGCCAAACCCGGAACGCGACGUGCAGUGGCUGCUCACCCAUCUCUACUACCUCACCAUGACACAUCUGCCAAGCCUAGCAAAGAGCUACUAUCUAGACAUCCGCUCCCGCCAGACCUCACUAGCUGUCGAGAGUUGGACAGGAAAGUACAUCAGCCCUCUCGUUAUUAACGCUGCUUUGCAAGAUGUGGCGGAGUGGGCGGAGACUAGUGUCAAGGAGGAACCUGAGUAUGAGAAGAUGCAUGUUCGGGUGGGCAUGCGCAGUAAGGAGAUCAAUGUCAGCUAUGAGAUCGAUGAGCAGACGAUGGCGAUUAAGGUCAUCUUGCCUGAAGCCUAUCCGCUUGCUGCAGCGCAGGUGGUGGGCGUGAGCAGAGUCGCCGUCAAAGAGGAUAAGUGGCAGUCGUGGUUGAGGAACUGUCAGGGUGUGAUCACUUUCUCGAAUGGCUCGAUCACGGAUGGACUUUCUGCAUGGCGUAAGAACGUCGUUGGUGCUCUGAAGGGCCAGACAGAGUGCGCCAUCUGUUACUCGAUCAUCGACUCCACCAAGCAAUUGCCAACCAAGAAGUGCCCUACUUGCAAGAACCUGUUCCACGGCAACUGCUUGUAUAAGUGGUUCAAGACGAGCAACGCCAGUACUUGCCCGCUAUGCCGGAAUGCGUUCUCUUUUGCCUAG